GACGUGAGGAACUUGCAAGGGCGUGUCGAACUGCUAGGCGAGAAAUGAUGUUUUCAUUCGGCGCAUCCAACUCAUGCUCUCCCGGAGUCCUCCCUCCUUGGUUAUUGAUGCCAUUCCACCAGUACCUCCCCAUGAUACGACACACAUCUGGAUCUUUGGCACCUUGCACGAUUCGUUUGUAGCUGUGCUACGCUGGCCCUCCAACUGCAUCAUCAACAUGAGGCUCGGACAUCGUUGUAUCGUGCGCUUGACGAACUCUCGUAACCCUGCAGCCCCAUGAAUGUUUGAUAUCGAUGCUUGGUGCAGAUACUCAGCAGUGGAGACAUCCCUCGCAAAGUGCGCACGCGACAUCGACGACGAAUCACGGCCCGUGAACCGGGACGCGUGCACCACCGUCGUUCCUGAGGAUGCAAGAGGCGCAGAAGGCGUAGACGUCUGCAGCGAGAUGCGCGAGGAUCAGGCAACAAGGACGGAAUGGGAUCGCUAAGCGCACCUAGUCGGGCGCGCGCUGACGAUG